CACUAUCCGCUCCUUUCAGUGUCUGAAUGCACCCGAAGGCUUGGUGCUGCUGCUGCUGCUGCUGCAGCUGUCGGCUCUCACAGCCUUCAUUCGUGGAGUUGGGGGGGCUGGCAGCGCCUCCAGCUACAGACUUGCAGGAAGCCCUGUGUGAACGGAUGCAGAACGUGACUGUCGGCUUUUCCUUUUCGUGGUUCAUCUCUGCCAACACAACAGCAGAAAAGGAGAAACAACCGUUUUGUCCGCCAAACACGAGCCACAGUUGGAAUCCUCAGCUUCACCGCAACUCAAAAGGAAAAUCUGUGGAGAACUAUCUCCUGGGAAUCAUCAUCUCCAUAUGUGGGAAUGUCCUCAUCAGUGUUUCACUCAACAUACAGAAAUACGCCCAUGUCCGUCAGGCUCAGCGUGGCUCCAAGCCGUAUUACACGUCUGGGAUGUGGUGGUCUGGUGUCGUCCUGAUGGGUGUCGGGGAACUGGGGAACUUUGCAGCCUAUGGUUUUGCCCCAGCAUCGCUGAUUGCCCCACUGGGCUGUGUGUCUGUGAUAGCCAGCGCUGUUAUAUCUGUGGUUUUCCUCAAGGAGACGAUUCGAGCUUCUGAUGUAGUCGGUGGCAGCCUGGCCAUAACUGGAACGUACCUCCUGGUGACCUUUGCCCCCCACGCAUCCACACACAUUACAGCUCAUCUGGUCCAGUACUACGCCAUCAGCUGGCACUUCCUGCUUUACCUCUUCAUCGAGGUCGUCCUGUUCUGCAUUCUGCUCUAUCUGUACAAGAGGAGGGGUGUGAAGCACAUUGUCAUUGUGAUGCUGCUGGUGGCCCUGCUCGCCUCCUUUACGGUCAUCUCGGUCAAAGCCGUGUCAGGGAUGAUCACAGAGUCGAUAACGAGCCAGCUGCAGCUCAUCUACCCCAUCUUCUACGUCAUGCUCGUCGUCAUGGUGGCCUCCUGCGCUUUCCAGAUCAAAUUUCUCAAUCAGGCAAUGAAAAUGUUUGACGCCACAGAGGUGGUUCCCAUCAACUUUGUGUUUUUCACUGCGAGCGCCAUUAUUGCAGGGAUAAUAUUUUACCAGGAAUUCGAAGGCUUAGCUUUGCUGAAUAUUUUUAUGUUCUUAUUUGGCUGUCUUCUGUCCUUCAUCGGAGUUUUCCUGAUAGCCAGAAACAGACCAAAGAUAAAGCAACAAGAUCGCACUUUUAUUCCAAUGGACAAGAUUCCUGGGAGAAGGAACACAGACAAAGUGCAGCCCGAGGCAAAGACCCAAACAUACGGAUCACUGGCAGCCAAACUCAUGUGCAACAGAGCCGGCCAAGCAGACGACUGACAGGAAGCCUCUCCGUCUGUCGGGACUGCUGCUUUACUCAGAUUGGGAGUGAGCUCAGAUUUUACGGGGUUCAACAAAAUGUCUUAUUAAAAACGGCACAAAUCUAGAAAAGAAAUAUUAAUCUACAUAAUGGUCACCACUGUCUGGAAUAUCCCAAUGAGGAAAGAUGAUUCAGAAAUUAAAUUAAACUCUUCAUGACGGCACUAAAACGUCAGAUCCUUCAUUGGCUGCAAUAAGAUCAAAAAAAGAAUAUAAACAGGUUUUUGAAGACCUGAUGUCUCAAUAGUCUAUGAAUCAAAAUAAGUGCACUACUGCCCUCUAAUGGUAGGAAAAGAAUGCCUGAUUGCACUUAUCCUUUAAUGAUCAAAUGUAAAUUUACAUAAUUUAAAAAGAGGAAAAGUCAACUCUAAACUAGUGUCUUCUUUUUCUUUACUUGUAUAAUGUAAAUACUUUGUUUAAAAGCACCAACCUCUUUUCUAACUCACCUUAGAAGCACCAGAGUGAAGCUUCACCGCCCAUCUUCACCUCGGGUAAACCUCAGACUGCACGCCUGGCUGAGCUGCUACCAAACUGUAGCGUUGCCAAGCAACAAAACUCUUAUCUGCCACCUACACAUUAUGGGAUAUGUGGGAAACCACAGUUCAUGGCAGGGUUGCUAUAAGAAGACACAAAGUUUAAGUAUCUGUAGUUGGAUGCGGUUGCAGGAGUUUUGUCAGGUUACAUCCACACACUUUGUGUUUUAUUGAUGUUUUGUGAUUGACCAACAUUUUUUUAAAAUAAAUUCAGCUUUAGAGAAAAAUUUCUCUACUGAGCCACUUUUGAGCACAGUUGCAGUCUUUUUGGGGCAGAUUUCAACCAGGUUUGCACAUCUGCAGACCAAACAUUUUGUCCAGUCGUCUUUGGGCAUCACCUCAAGCUCAAAUGGGAAAGAUUCUGCAAGCAUCAAGUCUUCCAACAAAUUGUCUCUUUGAUAUCGUUCUGGACUUUAAUUAGGCCAUUCUCCACAAUAAAUUGCAGCUUUGUCUUUAUGUUUGGGGUUGUCCUCCUCAAAGGUGAACCUCCUACACAGUAUGGAUAGAAUGUUAAAAGUAGUUUGCAGCAGUUGCCAUUCUUGGAGUACAAUUUUUUUUAAAAAAACCUUCUGCUACACGUCUCAUUACAAGACUUUUGAUGGCUUUCUUCUUGGAUUUUGGGAUGUAAUGUUGAAACAUUGUCAAAUUUAUUCAGGGGUUCUGCAGAUUGCACAAACUCAAAUUUAAGUCUUGUGUCACAACAAAAAUACACAGAAGAAAAAUCCAUAUUUUGCCUAUUCUCUCUACAGUUGUAUCCCCGUAGUCCAAACUUUUUUUUUUUCCUCCUCAGGAUACACGUAGCAUCAAACGGGUUGUCAAGUGACCCAGAAGCGAAGAUGAACGUCGUCUAACCAACCAGCAAUGACUUGAACUUGACCGUAAUAGAUACAGAAUAGCUAGCUAAAUGGUAGCUAGGGUGUGUUGGCUAGUUAGUGGUAGCCUGAAACACCUCGAGUCACAGAACAUGCAUGACUCAAACUAUUGCCUGAAAGAAAAGUCAUGUGA